AUGGACAAUCUAUCAAAUGAAGCAUUUCGUUUCGAUGUUGACUCGUAUGCAACUUUGAUUGAUAAUCGAGUUAAAAUUGAAUGCGCUGAUCAACGAAAUUAUUCAGGAAGAGUUUAUACAAUCGAUCCAUUAACGCAAAGCAUUGUCCUAAUUGAUGAUUCAUCCAAUCGUGUUCAUAUUGUUCUACGACCUGAUAUUAUUCAACUGAUAAUUCUUGAUCGAAAUCAAUCUCAACAAUCGCAUAGGGAUCCAUUUCUACCUUCAAAUGCAAUAACAACAACAACAGCAACUAACCACGAUGAAUCUAUUCGUGAUCGUUUAGGAAAUAUUCGCAAAUUUCUUUCAUCAAAACGGAUACCAUUUCAAGAAAAACUCGAAGAAAAUAAUUCUAUAACACUAAUAAUACAAAAUGGAAUUGUUCAAAUAAAUGCCCCAUAUACACCUGAGAAUAUUUCAGGAACAAAUGAAAUUGUUCUAUCUCGUAUUAAAUUAUUACUUAAACAGAUUGUUAAUUAA